ACUGACUCGGCGUCCACCAGAAGUGCAGUGGUUCCGCUUUACCUCAGCUGUGUGAGUGUGAUUUCUGUGAGAUUUGUAGAUCGGCGCGCGUGAAGAAGGAGUUGAAGUUAAAGGGAUUUAUUUCAUCGUUAUUAUCAUGGGCCAGAGGAAAAACCCUCGCACCCACGGCAGAAAAGAUCCUCCACCCGUAAAUACAGCUGUAAAGAGCGAUAAUAAGACUGCAGAACGCCACUCGAUCUUCAGCUGGCUGUUUGUGUUGGCUAUGCUGGGUGCCUGGUUAUCUGUGGGAGUCGUCUGGUUUGAGCUGGUUGACUACAAAGAUGUGGUUGGCAGUUUAGGAGGACUAUAUGAUGCUGAUGGUGAUGGAGACUUUGACAUCGCAGAUGCUAAAGUUUUGUUGGGACUGUCAGAGAUACCCGUGACAUCACAUGAAAUCCCUUUAGAAAAAGGUUCAGCAGAAGAAAUAAACAUAAAAUCGGAAGAAACAGAGUCUGUUUUUUCUAACAAAGAGCCAACAGAACAGCCUCAAUCUGAAUCUACACCCAAUGAUGAGACUUCAGUAGAGUCCACAACAGAUCCUACAACUCAACUCAAAACAGAGCCGCCAACAGCAACUCAAGCUGAAUCAGAAUCAGUGUCUACACCUGUAACACAUUCAGAAUCAACAGAUGAACAAACACCAGACGCCAAAUCAGAGUCAGAAGCCAAAAAGAAGAAACCAAAACUCCUGAAUAAAUUUGACAAAACCAUUAAAUCGGAGAUUAACGCCGCAGAGAAAUUGCGCAAGAAGGGAAAUGCUGAGGAAUCUCUUCGUGCUUUUGAAGCUCUUGUCCAAAAGUACCCUCACAGCCCGAGGUGUCGAUAUGGCAAAGCACAGGCAGAAGAUGAUUUAGCUGAGAAAAUGCGCAGCAAUGAGAUGCUAUUGAAGGCAGUAAACACCUACAGAGAAGCAGCUGAACUACCAGACGCACCACAUGACCUCAUUAAAGCCACAUUAAAGAGACGAGCGGAUAGGCAGCAGUUUUUAGGUCGUACAAGAGGAUCUUUAGCUACUUUGGAUAAGCUUGUGCAGAUGUUUCCAGAAGACACAAGUCUAAAGAAUGACCUCGGUGUGGCAUAUCUGCUCCUCGGAGACAACGAGGCUGCAAAACGAGUUUACAAGGAGGUUUUAGCAGCUGCUCCAAAUGACGGAUUUGCCAAAGUGCAUUACGGGUUCAUACUGAAAUCUGAAAACAAGAUUGCAGAAAGCAUACCUUAUCUGCGGGAGGGUUUGGAGACUAAUGAACCAGGCACUGAUGAUGGAAGGUUUUACUUUCACCUCGGGGAUGCGUUACAGCGAAUAGGAGACAAGAGUGCAUAUGACUGGUAUGAGGCGGGCUAUCGGCGGGGUCACUUCGCCUCUGUAUGGCAGAGAUCUUUGUAUAACGUCGCAGGACUCCGUGCUCAGCCCUGGUGGACGGCUAAAGAGACCGGAUACACAGAUUUAGUCAAGAUGUUGGAGCGUAACUGGUUGACGAUUAGAGAUGAAGCUCUGUCUGUGUUAGACAAAAACAGUGGACUGUUCUUGCCAGAAGACGAAAAUUUGAGAGAGACGGGAGACUGGGGACAGUUUACUCUGUGGCAGCAAGGUCGAAAAGUUGCUUCUUCAUGUGGUAGCGUCCCUAAAACCUGUGCUCUGCUGGAACGCUUCCCAGAAACCACCGGGUGUAAAAGAGGACAGAUAAAGUUUUCAGUAAUGCAGCCUGGUACUCACGUUUGGCCUCAUACCGGUCCCACUAACUGUCGACUGCGCAUGCAUCUAGGCCUCAUCAUCCCUAAAAAGGGCUGCAGAAUCCGCUGUACAAACCAGACGAGGGAAUGGGAGGAGGGAAAAGUCUUAAUAUUUGAUGACUCGUUCGAGCAUGAGGUCUGGCAGGAGGCAGACAGCUAUAGACUCAUCUUCAUCGUGGACGUCUGGCAUCCCCAACUCACCCAAUUACAGAGACAGACGCUUUCACCCAUAUAGAGCAAUCGUCCAAUCGCAGAGACUUGAAUGACGUCAGGAGCCAAUCAGAUUGACUGAUGUAGUGCUCAUCAUACAUCAUCUUCCUUUGCUGUCGUGAGGCAAUAUGAAUGUAUCAGUUUUAUGUAUAAUUCUCUUGAUAGUAAUGAAUAAUGUGAUUUAUGAUGAGCAUAAUGACUGAUGUUAAACGGAUCUGAUUAGUUAGUGCUCGAGUGUAAGAUUAAAGUUGAGGAUUAACAGCAUUUUAAGAUUGGGUAGUUAUGGGACCAGUCAAGAAAUCCUUUGACCUAGAGUCACAAUUCAUGUUUGUUACUAAAAGAAGAGACUUGAAGAGGUUACUGUUUUAUAAACGUGAUUGAACGUUGCACUGUAUCGUAGGUUAAACUGUGUCUGAAUGAAUUAUAUUCACAUAUAUGGACGAGUAACUGUGUAAGGAGCCAUACAUACAAACACAAAUUCACUUUGUGCCUGGUAAACACACGUCCAGGUCAGUUUUAACACAAGACAAAUGAUUUAAAGAAUUGUGAAGAAUUCAUGCAUUAUGAGAGUAUUUGUUACAUGCAUUUUAUUUAAUCUAAAUUUUUAUUGAGAAUACAUCAUUUUCAUUAAAAUCUCAGAUUAUUUGGGAGAGAAAUGUGACAGGGAGAUGUUUUCAGGUGAAUCACAUGCUUUGUUAACACUACAUGGAUGAUUUUUGUAUAAAAUGAAAAUGUUUACAUGAAAUGCCAAAUUUUUGUAUUUUUGUGUCAUUUAAUAAAAACGAAGUCCACUCUUAAA